AUGGGAAGACACUCUUGCUGUUACAAGCAGAAGCUUCGGAAGGGUCUUUGGUCUCCUGAGGAGGAUGAAAAACUUUUGAGGCAUAUUACAAAGUAUGGUCAUGGAUGUUGGAGUUCUGUGCCUAAGCAAGCAGGUUUGCAAAGGUGUGGCAAGAGCUGCAGGCUUAGGUGGAUCAACUACCUAAGGCCUGAUUUAAAGAGAGGAACAUUCUCACAAGAAGAAGAAAACCUUAUCAUUGAACUUCAUGCAGUAUUAGGGAACAGGUGGUCUCAAAUUGCGGCACAGUUGCCUGGGAGGACUGACAAUGAAAUAAAGAAUCUGUGGAACUCUUGCUUGAAGAAGAAACUGAGACAAAAAGGCAUAGACCCUGUCACACAUAAACCACUGUCCGAAGUUGAGAAUGGAGAGGACACUGGUAAGAGUCAAGGGAAGGCACUAGAAAUUUCAAAUGAAUUGAACCUCCUGAAAUCAGAGAGCUCCAAAUCAGAUUCAGCUUCCUAUGAGCAGAGAACAUCAAUUUCUCCAAAAGCCUAUGCACCCGAGAUGGAUGGUUCGUGCAGCUCCAAGAUUUACUGCAGAACUGACAGCAAUUUCGUAACCAACAACUGUUACAAUUACAACAAAGACUUGUUCCUAGACAGGUUUAUGAGUAGUAGCCGCCAAGAGAGCUACACCACUAGUUGCCAGCCCUCAGAUUUGAUGGGAAAUUUUCCAAUUCAGAUGAGUUAUGCAACCAAUGACUGUCUCCCUAAUGAUUCAAACUCUAACCAUUGGUUCAGCCAAACUGGAAGACCUUUCGAUAUGAACUCUGAAUUUCCUUUCAAUGCUGCCACUUCUGUUAAUCCUACACCUACAACCAAUUUGUUUCUUCCUAAUUCAUUUUGCUACAAGCCUUCACUUGCUGUUCCUUCUGACAAUGUUUCUACAGCCUAUGGAUCUCAUUACUGGGAAGCCAGUGCCUCCAACAAUAGCAAUAGCAGCAUUAGGAGUAAUAGCAGCACAGAUUUGAGAAGUAGCAGCCCCUUAAACAUCUUUUCUUCUUGGGGAUUGGCAGAUUGUAGCACCUCUACUACUAAAGACGCACAAAUUCAUAUGAUGGAGAAUCAUACAGAAGAAGCUAAGUGGGACGAGUACCUUCACAACCCAAUCUCAAUUCUGGCUUCUGUACAAAAUCAAGCUCCCGAAUCCUUGUGCAACGAGAUAAAAACAACCAUGCAUUUGGUACCUGAUACUUUAGGGGCUAUGUUGCCUCAUAGCACCAAGCAGCAAGAACCGUCUCAAACCUCUAGUAUCUUUUCUAAGGACAUCCAGAAGCUAAGGGCAGCCUUUGGACACAUGUAA